GGUGCUAAGGGCAUCAAUGUCUAAAAAGCAAACAUACCUCUACAUACUGAUCAUAGGUGGAAUAAUCGCGCUCGUGGCUUCAGUCUACAUAUUAUACGAGGUGUUCCGCCCAAAGGGAGUCUGCAAACUAGACAAUAAGACGGGGGUAUGUUACAUAAAUAGUACUAUUCAAAGCCUGCUGAGCUGCAAAUAUUUUGCAACAACAAUUACAAAAAAGGAUAAGAGCCAAAACCCUGUGGUCUACAACCUCGUAAAACUGAUUAAAAAAAUAAAAAGCAGAUCGCACAUAGAUCCGCUGCCACACUACAAAAAAAUUUUUAGAGAUCACAAAAACGUUGACUGGAAUAAACGAGGAAAUGAUCCAGCGGUAAUUUACCAAUAUCUGGCCAGAAAUAUAACAACAGAAUUUCCUGAUAGUAAUUUGUUCCUUUCCUACGACGAUUGUAAGAAGAUAAAUCCGUACAUUAAUGUACCGUCCUACUAUUGUCGAUGCCCCAUACUGGAAAACAACACGCGAAUAGGUGCCUUAGGGCUUUUGCAAGAAACAUUUAACAACUCCAGUAUGGAUAAAAGCGUGGUUUUCUCACAGAUCAUAAUAAUAAAAUUUCAGAAGAAACUCAAAAAUUUCGAUUUCAGUACUUACGAGUACAUAUGCGAUCCCGAAGUCACAGUAAAUUCAAAAAAAUAUUUUCUCAGAAGCAUCAUUGUUAGAGAUAAAGUGCCGGUUAAAGUCAAACGAACUGAAAUAUUAGAAAACCAUUCCUAUGUUUAUGGUAGGAGAUGUGAUAAGUGGUACUGUUUUAAUGACAUCAAUGUUAACAAAAUUAAACAAAAGAAUCUUGAUGAGAAAGUGUUUAAAAACGAGCUUGUGCAAUUUGCUGUUUAUGAAGUAGAAUAAAUGAUAUAUUUGGAGAAUUGUUAACUAUGUCAUGUGCUGCGUGCACGUUGUGAACGGCUCUGUCACGAUGCAGAGCUGCUGCCUGUCGUAAAAAUCUCUCUUGGUGUGGAUAAAUCUUGCAAGGCUCACCACCCUACAUCGCGUGUUAGAUGGCUAUUACAGUUCAUGGUGUGCUCGGGUUGAAUACGAGAGCCGAAUAAAAUGUUUUUAUGACGAAGUGAUCAGCUGUUCAAGACAAUCAUAUGGUUUUACAACGGAUGAGCGUAUGAAAUUUGAUCUAGCAGAAUAUCCUUGAUUCGAACAUUAAUAUGGUUUAUGUUUUCUUACGAGGCAGGCUCAUCUGAACUACGAAUUAUACGCUGUGCAGCACUCAAGCCAAGGUAAUAAAAACUUUUCACGUCAA